AUGUCGAUCAAACAUCAAGACCUCGGGCACUUGCGCAGUUCCAUCGACGCUACUUGCACGGACCAGAAAUAUGGCCUGCCUGGAACUGCUGUUGUCGUUGUUGGCAGAGAUGGAGAAGAAUUGUUCGCACACGCGGCUGGUAAACGCGGCAUCACUUCCAAAGAGCCCAUGUCACUUGAUACCAUCUUUUGGAUAGCUUCGUGCACAAAGGUCAUCACGGCAAUUGCCUGUAUGCAGCUCGUUGAGAAAGGUAUCCUAGAUCUGGACGACGGUUCCCACCUUGAACGUCUUUGUCCUGAGCUUAGGGAUCUAAAAGUUCUUCGGCCUGAUGGCUUCCUUGAAGUUAAAGAUGGGGCCAUAACCUUGCGAAUGCUACUCACCCAUACCGCUGGCUUUAGCUAUACCUUCUCCAAUGAGAGGUUAAGAGAUUGGACAUUACCGUCAGGCGUGGAUGAGCUCUCCGGAAGGUUCGAAGAUAUGAAGCAGCCCUUGCUUUUCCAACCCGGAAAAGGUUGGGAGUACGGCAUCGGCAUCGAUUGGGCGGGUAUAGCAGUCGAGCGGGUCACAGGUCAGAGUCUAGACGAGUAUCUGAAGGAGAAGUUAUUCGAACCAUUGGGGAUCAAGGACAUGUCAAUGAUUCCGAACGAGAGCAUGCGUUCUCGGAUGGCUCAUAUGCACGCUAGAGACCAUGACUGCAGUCUAAGGCCACGAGAUCACCUCUUACGUAUCCCGUUGGUUGUCGAUCUUGAAAAUAAGGAUGAGGUUCGCCAGGUAUUCAACAGCGGUGGUGGUGGGAUAUUUGCAACCCCGUCGGAGUACUGCAAGAUCUUGGCAGUUCUGCUCAACUCUGGCACAUGCCCACGGACUGGUACUCGAAUUCUACGCGAAGAAACAGUCGAAGAGAUGUUCCGCAAUCAGAUCCCCGAAUUCCCCAACUUCAGUAGGCAAGGUAUGGGAGCAGCAAAGCCUGAUCUUACGACUGCUGUUUCGGAGCUGUAUCCUGUCGAGCAUAACCCGCCACAGGGCUGGGGCAUAAGCUUCAUGCAGAGCAAUGGUGGCGUUACUGGAAGAUCGAAGGGAACUGCGCACUGGGGGGGCUUGGCUAAUCUCUGGUGGUGGUGCGAUCGAGAGAGGGGGGUUGCAGGGAUGGUGUGCACACAGAUUUUGCCUUUCGGAGAUGCUCAGGUUUUGAAGCUAUGGAAUCAGAUUGAAACUGAGGUUUAUAAAGCUCUUGGAUAG